AUAAUGGACGAAUCACAACCGAAAACGUUGUAUGUAGGAAAUUUGGAUGCCAGCGUGUCGGAGGAUUUAUUAAUUGCCCUAUUUAGUCAAAUGGGUACAGUGAAAAGUUGUAAAAUUAUACGAGAACCCGGUAAUGAUCCCUAUGCAUUCAUUGAAUAUACCACAUACCAAGCAGCCACAACAGCCUUAACAGCCAUGAAUAAGCGUCUCUUUCUUGACAAGGAAAUAAAGGUUAAUUGGGCCACAAGUCCCGGCAAUCAGCCCAAAACAGACAUUAGCUCACAUCAUCAUAUCUUUGUUGGCGAUCUAAGUCCUGAAAUCGAAACUGAAACCUUGCGUGAAGCAUUUGCUCCAUUCGGAGAGAUCUCUAACUGCCGCAUUGUACGUGAUCCCCAAACAAUGAAAUCCAGAGGCUAUGCAUUUGUCUCGUUCGUAAAGAAAGCCGAAGCCGAGAAUGCAAUACAAGCCAUGAAUGGCCAGUGGAUCGGUUCACGAUCGAUACGUACCAAUUGGUCGACACGAAAGCUGGCCCCACCGCGAGAGAACAGUAAAGCUAAUACCGGCGGUGGAGGUGGUGGCGGUAAUCUCAAAUCGAACACCCGUCAAACCUUCGAAGAAGUCUACAAUCAAUCCAGUCCAAUGAAUACGACAGUCUAUUGCGGUGGUUUCCCACCGAACGUGAUUACCGACGAUCUGAUGCACAAACAUUUCAUGCAAUUCGGUCAGAUACAAGAUGUACGUGUAUUCAAGGACAAAGGCUUUGCGUUCAUUAAAUUUCUAUCGAAAGAAUCGGCAGCCAGAGCCAUAGAACAUACACACAAUUCCGAGGUGCACGGCAGCAAUGUGAAAUGUUUCUGGGGCAAAGAGAAUGGUGGUAUUAAUCCUGCUGUAGUUAAUGAUAAUCCUAUGAAUAAUAUGGCCGCUGUAUCAGCGGGAGCCGCAGCAGCUGCGGUAGCAGCAGGAGCUAUGAUGGGACCGGCUGGUAUGCCAACAACACCACAGCAAGCAGCGGCUGCGGCAGCAGCAGCAAACGCUGCGGCAGCGGCUGGGGGUGCGAUACCCGGGCAAAUGAUGACACAACAACAAUUGGCAGCGGCUGCUGCAGCAGUUCAAUAUCCAUAUGCAGCGGCAUAUCAACAAAUGGGCUAUUGGUAUCCACCAGCUGGUUAUCCGGCAGCGCAAAUGCAAACACAAUAUAUGCAACAAGGCUAUUAUCCUUAUGCCUAUGCCGCAAGUACGCAACAGGCGGGAGGCAUGGCCACCGGUUAUAGAAUGGUUCAACCAAAUGUUGCCUGGGGUGUACCCGGAACAGUGGUUCCCGGUGUGACAGCGGCAGCAGCCACAGCAGCAGCAAAUGGUUCACUGGGACCACAGAUGAUGUAUAGUGCUGCAUUGCCACAAUAUCAAACCCAAUGAAGCUUUUAAACUGGCAUGUUUUUUAAACAACAACUGCAACAAC